AUGCCACGCGGUCAUCUCCUUUCAUCUUACCUGAUCCCGAUGAUCAUCCGUUCGAUUCGCUGCGACCUCCUUGAUGAACCUCUUCUAGCGAAGUCCGCUGUCACGAAACUUUAUCAGACAGAUGGAGAAGAUCUCGAGAUAGGCUGGGUAGACUCUUUCACAGAUCGCCAAUCGGGAAAAAACUCGGCGAAUAGAGGAAAUUCCAAUUCUAUUCUUGAUAUCACCAAAGGAAAAUUUGGAGGGCUUUUCAAGGCCACUCGAACACAAACGCCUCAAAGCAAAGUUUCAAUCAGCUGGGAAGUCUGUUAUGAUAUUGCUCAAAGAAUUUCUGAUACAUCCAAGCCUGUUGAAGUACAAAACAUGGCUGCGGCUGUCCUGAGCAUAGGCCGACAUUUUGAUCUUGAUCAAUAUGAUGCUCAAGCGGUAAUAUCUACAAUCACUCUUCACUCUCUUUCCCUUCAGGGUGAUUCUUUGAAUACAGCGGAGAGGAUUUGGUCUGUUGGGGUAUUGGUAUACCUAAGAGCUCAACUCUCGGAGGAGUAUCGAAAUUCCUUACAAGCUGCGAUUCCUGCUGUCUGGACAGCUAAGGACUUGGGCAGGCCGCGGGGACAGUUUCUGCUUUUCUUUCUGCAAGACAAAGACUUGGGGAAAGCAGCUCAGGAAAUGUGGUCAGAACUCCCGCCCAAAGUAGAAACAUCCGAAUAUGGUUCUGAAAAAGCUUCAUCAUUGAUGAAAUUAAUUUUAAAUUGUUUGAAACAACCCAAAACGCCGAAGAGGGAUGGAUUUGACGAGGAGACAAACAUGGUUCGAUUGCUAUUACAUCUUGAGGAAUAUCAUUAUGGGAGCUAUCUACACUUCACACAAUCAGUCAAAUCGGCAAGGGUUCAAGAGAAGAUACUAGAGAGUGACAUAAGUUUUCAACUUGCAGAUGAGACCCUAGCUCCGCCGUUCAAACGUAUCCUGAAAGAAUUUGAAAACUUACAAAUCAUCAACGAAGAUCAAAUUCCCAAGAUCUUGGAAAUCUUGAAACUUGAACAAAUAUCAAUUCCUCAACUAUCAAGAUUAUUCAGAGCACUAAACUGGGUAUUCAAUAGACAGAUAGCGAUGUAUGAUUACUUCCAAGUCCGACUAGAUGAUUACUUCGAAAUGGUUCCAAGGCUCUUCGAGAUGUUAACUACGCGUCGGUUUGGUCGAUUGGACCCGCGUUCGUUUUCGUGGGAUUCUCUAGAGUUUCUUAUCUAUAGUGAUAACGAAGAUCAUGUAGCGAAGCAGUAUAGAAAUGCAUUAGCAAAGGUUUUGGUAGCCAAGAGCGUGCUUUCAGAGAACGACAUUGCUCCAGAUUCCGAGCAUUUGCGCGGACUUUCGAAAAAAGAAAUCCUUACUCGGAUGUUGUUUGGUAUCUUCAAGCGGGUUUCGGCAGCCAAAACAUUUGAGCACAGCGACAAGGUCACAGAAGCCAUCCUUACAGAAUACACUCUACACCUUAUUGUAUCCAAAAUGGGUCAACGGACUCUAUACCACCGCCUUCUCACAUUUAAGCACGACCCAGAGAGGCUUCCCACCCGUCAGACUGUGGCCUUCACUAUGCUUAGCGAACAAAUAUUUGAGUUUGUUAAGCAUCAUUCUUGGAAUGAUGAUAACCAAUUCGAUGCGUUCCAAGCGGCUCUUAUCGAUCUUGAAUGGCAGCUCAUCUAUGUGGAUAUAUCUCUACCACCACCGAAGUGA